AUGACCUCUGAUGCCUACAUCUAUGGACCCUCCGGACCCGAUUGGAUGAACUCGACCAACGGCUUCAAUCAUUCUGCCAGUUUUGGCUGGGACGGAGUUGGACUUCGCGGCCACAUUUUCAGCAAUGCGAACAAUGAGACUGUGAUCAUCUCCUUCAAGGGAACCAGUCCUGAUCCCCGAGAUGAAGGACAGGCCAAUGACCGGUUCAACGACAACCUCUUUUUCAGUUGCUGCUGUGCCGACCAGCGCCCUGACCCCUAUCCGUAUGGGCCGGUCUGUGGCUGCCGCUCCGGCACUUUUCAAUGCAACUCUACCUGCCUGACGCAGGAAUUGAGUCAGACAGACCGCUACUAUGCAUCUGCUCUGGCCGUGGUUGACCAGGUGUUGAAGACCUAUCCAGACUCUAUCGUCUGGCUCAUCGGCCAUUCUUUGGGGGGUGCCAUAGCGAGCCUGGUAGGACUGACUUACGAUCUGCCGGCUGUGACUUUCGAAACACCGCCGGAAAAGCUGCCAUCUCAUCGACUAGGUCUUCUGUCUCCGCGCAAGCCUCCAACAUGGCAUUUUGGAAACACCGCUGACCCCAUAUUCAUGGGCGCCUGUACUGGGUGGUCAUCAUCCUGCGCUCUGGCAGGGUACGCCUUUGAAAGUCAAUGCUUCACAGGCAGAAGGUGUGUCUAUGAUACGGUCAACGAUAUGGGAUGGCGGGUGAGUAUUGCCAAUCACAGAAUCAACACUGUCAUCCAGGAAGUUCUGCUGAAGUACAAUACCACCCCCACAUGCGAGUUUGACGAUGAAUGCGUUGAUUGCUAUAACUGGAAUUUCACCCUGUCGAAUGAUCCGCCGAGUCCGCUGUGA